AUGAACUUGGCUUGGUCACUACUGAUCGUUGUCCUACUGACGUUCUGUGUACAUUCAGCACAGCCGUCUAUGGGGAAAACGACCAUCUAUGAAACAGAAUGUAAACAUCUACGAAUGGGCCAGUUCAUGUGCCCCGAUGAUGGGUACGAAUUCAUCGACCCAGAGACACAGCAGUUACGAGGGUGCACCAAAGACAAUGUUGCUCAAGUUCGGUGUAAAGCAAGCGAUGGUAUUGUGUGUUUAGAAACCAAAAACUCGACAUUUUGGAAAGAAUUCCCAUGUAAAUGGACCAAUGGUUACCAUUAUGACACAACACUGUUAUUGUCAAUUUUUCUGGGCAUGUUUGGUGUGGACCGUUUCUAUCUAGGUUACCCGGCAAUUGGUUUACUGAAACUAUGCACACUUGGGUUUAUGUUCAUUGGCCAGCUUGUCGACGUAGUACUUAUUGCAACACAAAUUGUUCGUCCGGCUGAUGGAUCACACUAUAUCAUUCCUUAUUAUGGUCCUGGCAUUAACUUUAUACUCAUGGACAACGAAACUUACAGACAACCACAAGAUGAUUGGUUUGUUGAUCAUAAUGAACUAUAA